CCUCAAUCCUAAAGAAUGAAUAUACUAUUCAACCAGACGAUUCACCCAUCACGGAUAACUAAUUCAAAUAACGAUCCCAACACAUAACUGAAGGUAAAAGGAAAGCAGGACGAGAGCCUAGACCUUUCCAGAGCUGUCAGAAUCUAAAAUUAUCACGCUUGUUUUUUGUUGCGCCGCCAACCCCAACGCAAAAACAAUCAAAUGUUGUUUCACAGCUUCGCCUCAUGACCUCAGGUCGUCGCCUCCUCAAUCCUCCCCCACCAUCACAAGUGUCCGAACUGCCGAAUGAUUGAUCAACAUGCCCCGAGCAACUGCGCCCCGACGGAAAAAACGCGAUUCGACGACGACAGCCCUGGAUAUCCUGAACAACGUCAACAAUGUCAAUGUGGGCAGCCCCCCUUACCGCCCCCGCCAGUCUCACCGCGCGAAGAUUGGCCACACACAAUUCACGCGAAGCGGUUCGAUCUUCGACGUUCCUAGUUCCGACGACGAUGACCGGUUUUCUCCCUCCAAACGCUCCCUUUUAUUGGGUCCUGGGACUCCCCGCAGAUCGACGCGGCUGAAGGCGAAACCUGGUGGUGAAGUUACUCCUUCUCAUCGGACGAGGCUGACUGCGAGCGUGGAGCUUGGGGAGGAAGAUCUAGAAGGGGAUUCGGAAGGAUAUCGAGAGGAAGGUCGAGAGGAAGAUACAGUGGGGAACUGGAGAGAGGAUCGAGAUGAGGAAUCGCACCGGGAACCCGAACACGGAUCGGAGGAUGAAUCUAAGAAUGGUCUCGACGAGAACCAAGACGAGGAACCCGACGAGGAGAUCGCCGAGCCAUCCGAUGACGACCAGGAGGAAAUUGAAAGAGGGCCGGAGGAUGUGGAUGUCCAUGAAGACCACCGGGUAGAUGAGUUUCCCCAGGCUGUGCUCUUUUCCGGUGGUCACGACUCCCCUUGUUCCUCGAAUGAUUCUAACCAACUGUCCCCUUUUGAUAUUCAAAAACAAAGCCGAGCUUCACCCUCGGAAAAAUCCUGGGGGUCAGAUGAAGCUGGCGAUGAGUCGAGCAGUGAACCACAGAACGAAUCUGAAAGCCAAUAUGGAACACCGCGGGCUCUCUCAAUAGAGCAAGCAGAUGAGUCACGCUCUGGCUUUGAUGAUUCUUUGAGUGCACAAGAACAGCCGAGAAGCUCCAUUGCUGUUGUUGUGAACCCGGCUGCAGACAUUAGGAGCUCGAUGGACAGGGAGGGAUCGGCAGCCCAUUCGCAAGCUUCCUCUGAACGGAAUCCUCGAUCAGAGGACAUGACCCGAUCUUCACCGCUGCGGACAGAAUCGAGGAGCCUGAAUGGUGAUCUAGAACCUAGUCAUGCAGAACCUCAGAGCGACGGAGAAGACCAAGGGAACAUUCCUGUCGAGGAAGAGCCGUCCGCCUACAUCCCGUCAGAUGAUGAGGGUAGCUUAAGAGAUCGCCUUCUAGGACCCAGGCCCUCUAGCUAUUCUGAGUCAGAAGAGGAACCGCCGAUGCCACCAAGCAAAAGGUGUCGUACCUCUAGGCACCAUCGGGAUUCAGAAGCUGAAGGACAGCGUAGAAGAAGCGUCCUGGCAUCUCAGAAAGCUAGUUCCGUGAACCCUCGAAGAAAUGAAAACGAUCCUCUCCAUCGCCGCCAAGACUCAAGUGACCGCGAGCAACAUGUGGUGGCCAUAUCUGACGAUGAAUCCGCAUUCACCGAUGAGGAGGAACCGUGGUUGGAGCAGGCGCUCAAAUUUGGUGGCCAGAAGGCGAAUUGGGAUAUCUUGGUGGAUGAGGCCCGCACAUUGAAAGAAUCUACUAGAACGUCUAUGGCCGAGUACUUCGCUAACUUUGAUUUACUAACUUCUGAAUUACGAGAAAGCUAUAGUCUCAUUGUCGACUACCUACAGGCCCAGCGCAGGCCUCCCCGGGCAACGGUGCGCGAUUGUGAUUAUCUCCUGGAUGCUAUUACCAAGGAGGCGGAUUCCCUUCUGGACGAUGCCUACGAUCAUAAAGAUGAUAAGGAACGCCAACCGAGCAGUAUAGACCUAGUGGACGAGUUUGAAUGCAGACUUGUUUCCGGAAUGGUGGGGGUGAUGUUUCCCUGUUUCGAAGCUUAUUACCAAGGAGAUGAACUCUUUCCCAAGGCCUACAAUCACCUACAUCGCGUCCUAAAUGUGUUUCAUCGAAUCUGUGGGAGGAUAUACGGUCUCGUACGCCUAGAUUACGUGUCGUCCAAGAGCCGUAGCUAUCGUCUUCAGCGCCCCCUUAAGAAAUUCAUCGGGGCCUUGGAGGAGAACUUAUUUAGGGAGGGAGUGCCCCUCCCGGCGUCGAAACCUGCCAUCUCCAUAAAGUAUGGUAAAAGAUGGACGGAGGAGGAGGGCAGUGCCCUCCUUGAUGGAUUGCAACGUUAUCAGGGUCGGAAUCGCUACGUCCAAAUACUGGAGCAUUUCAAGAAACAGCUUCGCGGGCGGACGAUCCGAAGUGUACGCAAUAAGGCCAGACAGUUGCAUGAUAACCUUCUUUCUUCGACGGUAGACCCGGACGAACUCCAGACGGAAGAAGGACGGGAACGGUGGCAGUGGCUCUUGAGUAUACGAGAAGAUUGAUGUCAGCUUUAUGGGCUGAUGUAGGCAAGGCGUUUGUUGGAUGAUUUUAUUUCUAUAUACCCC